UUCAUAUUUUGCUCUGUAUCUACACCAUUCUUCACCAAGGAAGCCUUAAUUUGUAAACAUGGCUGCUUCUUCUUCUUCGUCUUCUUCUUCGACAAUCUCUCCUCAGCAAAAGCAUGAGAUUCAAGAAAAAUAUGAUGUGUUUCUCAGUUUCAGAGGUGAAGACACCCGCUAUAAAUUUGUUAGCCAUCUUUAUGCUGCUUUAUCUGCAAAGUAUAUCUCAACUUUCAAGGAUGAUCAUGAACUUCAGGUUGGUGAUGAAAUUUCACCCACACUUAGCCAAGCUAUUCAGAAUUCGAAAAUCGGGGUUAUCAUUUUCUCGAAAGAGUAUGCUUCAUCUACGUGGUGUUUGAAUGAACUGGUGGAAAUUCUUGAAUGCAAGAAAAGAAAUAAGAUGAGUGUUGUCGUUCCAAUUUUUUAUGAGAUAAAUCCAUCGGAUGUACGAAAACAGAAGGGGAGUUAUGAAGUUGCAUUUGCUAAACUUGAAGAACGUUUCAAAGACAGAAUGGAGAAGGUGCAUCAAUGGAGGGCUGCAUUGACAGAAGCGUCUAAUCUAACUGGAUUGAAUUCGACGAGAUCCAGGGAGGAGUGUGAGUUAGUUGAAGAAAUCGUCGAAAAUAUUUUAAAAAUAUUGCUACAAUAUCAACCAUCAGUCGAGCAAUAUUCCAAGAGACUCAUUGGAAUUAAAGAAAAUAUAAGGGAAAUUGAAAGAGAAUUAUCCAUUGCCCCAAAAAAUGUUCGAAUUGUAGGUAUUUGGGGCAUGGCAGGUAUUGGUAAGACUACCCUUGCAAGAGUUGUGUUUGAUAAAAUAUCAAAUUCUCAAUCAUUCGAAGGUUGCUGUUUCCUUGAAGAUGUUAAAGAAAAUUAUAAAGUACCGGUCAAUUUGAAUCGUCUGAGAAAGGAAGUUAUAUCUUGUUUAUUGAAUGAUAAAAUUGUUCAAGAGAUGCAUGUAGCUUUACCUCCUAUUAUUUUUCAGAGACUUCGACGUAAAAAGGUACUUAUUGUUUUGGAUGAUGUGGAUAGCUCAGACCACAUAAAAGCUUUUGUUGAAGAAGGAUGUUGUGAGCUUGCUCCUGGAAGCAGAAUCAUUGUUACAACUAGAGAUGAGCAAGUGCUUAAGACAGUAGCUGAUAGUAUUCACAAGGUUAAGAGGCUAAAUGACAUUGAAUCUCUUGAUCUCUUCCGUUUGCAUGCUUUUCGUGAAAACUCUCCAACAAUUGAUGAUGAAAUGGUGUUAGAGGUAAUAAGAUAUGCUGAUGGCAACCCACUAGCUCUUAAGGUCUUGGGCUCUUCCCUUUACAGUACACCUAAAGAUGAAGGGGAAAGUGCAUUGAAGAAGCUGAAAAGGAAUCAAAAUCUGGGAAUUAAAAAAGUGUUGAAAAUCAGCUACGACGGGCUAGAUGAUGGGAGCAAGGAAAUAUUUCUUGACAUUGCUUUCUUAUUUAAUUCAUCUUUUACGAGAGACCAUGCAGAAAGAAUAUUAGGUGACGGUAAUUCCCCUGUGAAAAUAGAAAUACGUAUUCUCAUUCAGAAGUGUUUAAUUGAAAAUAGUGAAGGUAACAAGCUAAAGAUGCAUGAUUUGCUGCGCCAAAUGGGUCGGGAAAUUGUACGUGAUGAAGAUAAAAAAGAACCUGGUAAUCGCAGUAGGUUGUGCGAUGCUGUGGAAGUUUGUGAUGUAUUGGAAAAUUGUACAGGAACCGGAGCGGUGGAACUCAUAUCAUUGGACAUGUUUGAAACUAAAAAAAAUGUGACGAUGCAUCAUCGAGCCUUCUCAAAUAUGCGCAACCUACGAAUUCUCAAAGUUUAUUAUGGGUAUGAUGAUAUUGCCAGAAAUGAGUGGAUCCGCUUUGAUUAUAACAAUAUUGGUAGCCACAAGUUCAAACUGCUCAUUCCUCAAGCUCUUCACUCUCAUCUUUCUAUUAAGUUAAGGUUUUUACAAUGGGACUUAUACCUUUCGAAAUCGUUGCCAUCAAAAUUUAUCCCAGAGAACCUUGUUGAACCUGUACUUCGUGGCAGCCGUGUUGAAAAGCUUUGGAAUAGUCGUAAAGCUGUGUCUCUUCGAGAGUUAAGGAGAUUUAAUCUCACUGAUUCCAAGUUCCUUACUCAACUACCAGAUUUGACACAUGCUCCAAAUCUGGAAAGGAUAAAUUUUGCAGGUUGUACAAGCUUGGUUCAGGUUCAUUCAUCUCUUCAAAAUCUAAACAAGCUUACUUAUCUAAAUUUUAAUGGCUGCUCCAAACUCAGAGAUGUUGAAGAGAUAUUCAAGAGAACAGAGGGAUUAUCUGAAAGUUGGAUCCAAAAUUUUAAAAGAAAUUUACGUCUCUACUCCUCUCAGGCUCACAUUUCCCAAAAGUUUGCACCCAAUUUAAGAUAUUUAGGUUUGCGUAAGACAGCAAUAGAAAAAGUGCCGCCGUCAAUUGGGUGUCUGUCAGGUAUUGUUCAAUUACAUUUGGAGCUUUGUAAAAGACUUAAAAGUCUUCCAACAAGCAUUUGCCAUUUGAAAGCUCUUAAAUCAUUAAGUCUGCUUGGUUGUGAGAAACUGAAAAGGUUUCCAGAAAUCUUGGAUCCUAUGGAACACUUAACAGAACUUGUGUUAACUAGAACAGGAAUUAAAGAGUUGCCAGAGUCGAUUGAAAAGCUAGUAUCCCUUAGAGAUUUAUUUAUGGAUGAAUGCAAGGACCUUGAGUUCCUCCCCAACAGUCUAUGUAAAUUAAGGAACCUUGAGAGGAUAUGGCUCGGCUACUGUUCAAAAUUUCAAAAAUUGCCUUCCCUUCCACCAUCGUUGAUCGUCUUGUGUGUGGAUGAUUGUCAGAGAUUGAAAUCUUUGCCAGAGGUUCCAUGUCAAUGUUUGAGUUUGUCUGCAAUUAACUGCACAUCACUGGAAAACAUUUCAAAUUGGAGGAGUACUCCAUUAUUACUCGAUCUGGAUAUCUUUGAAAAAUUUAACUUUCUAAUCUUUAAUCAUAUUGACUUUUACGGUUGUGAAAAAUUGGAUCAGAACACACGCAACAUGCUUUCUGAUCAGGCAGUAAUUCAUAUUCUGUCUCGUUUGAAAUUUGGAUUAAAUGCCUUAGGUGCUCAUUCUUUUCGCUAUCCAGGAGGUGAAAUUCCAGAGUGGUUCAACCAUCAAACUUGUGAGACUUCAAUCAAUAAUAUUAUGCUUCCUCCAUACUGGAACAAUGACGACUUCUUGGGUUUCGCUUUCUGCAGUGUUCUUCGUCAGAAUAUAAUCAACCCUAGUAUAUAUCUUGUUAGGACCCGUCCAGAAUUUCUUCCCCAGAACCCUAGACAAGCCCUGAUCCCAAGGAAAUACCACCGAACCUUCCAACGGAAAAUCUGGCAGCACCUCCCCUAAGGGUAGGACUAACCA